CCCCGUGGAGUCGGUCCUUUUCUACGCCAUCACCACGCUGCACAACCUGCUGCUCUACCAGGAGGGCGCCAAGAUGGCGGUGCGCCUGGCAGAUGGGCUGCAGAAGAUGGUGCCUCUGCUCAACAAGAACAACCCCAAGUUCCUGGCCAUCACCACCGACUGCCUGCAGCUCCUGGCCUACGGCAACCAGGAGAGCAAGCUCAUCAUCCUGGCCAAUGGAGGACCCCAGGCUCUCGUGCACAUCAUGCGCAACUACAGUUAUGAGAAGCUGCUCUGGACCACCAGCCGUGUGCUCAAGGUGCUGUCCGUGUGUCCCAGCAAUAAGCCCGCUAUUGUGGAGGCUGGUGGGAUGCAGGCCCUGGGCAAACACCUGACGAGCAACAGCCCCCGCCUCGUGCAGAACUGCCUCUGGACCCUGCGCAACCUCUCGGACGUGGCCACCAAGCAGGAGGGCCUGGAGAGUGUGCUGAAGGUUCUGGUGAACCAGCUGAGCGUGGACGACGUCAAUGUCCUCACCUGUGCCACGGGCACCCUGUCCAACCUGACCUGCAACAACAGCAAGAACAAGACGCUGGUGACGCAGAACAGCGGCGUGGAGGCGCUCAUCCACGCCAUCUUGUGCGCCGGGGACAAGGAUGACAUCACAGAGCCCGCCGUCUGUGCCCUGCGCCACCUCACCAGCCGCCACCCCGAGGCCGAGAUGGCUCAGAACUCCGUGCGCCUCAACUACGGCAUCCCGGCCAUCGUCAAGCUGCUCAGCCAACCCAACCAGUGGCCGCUGGUCAAGGCAACCAUCGGCCUGAUCAGGAAUCUGGCCCUGUGCCCAGCCAACCAUGCCCCACUGCAGGAGGCAGCGGUCAUUCCCCGCCUCGUCCAGCUGCUGGUCAAGGCCCACCAGGAUGCCCAGCGCCACAUGGCUGCAGGCACACAGCAGCCCUACACGGAUGGCGUGAGGAUGGAGGAGAUCGUGGAAGGCUGCACUGGAGCCCUGCACAUCCUCGCCCGGGAUCCCAUGAACCGCAUGGAGAUCUUCCGACUCAACACCAUCCCCCUGUUUGUGCAG